AUGGGUGGACGUGAAGGGAUUAGGUGGAAUUCAACCCUAAUUUGUGCACCGAUAAUGGCGGAUACGGUGGAUCAGAUUUUAAUUCAAAUGAAUUCGGCGAAAUCUUAUGGUGUUGACCUCGUUGAUAUCUGUCUUCAAGUUCCAGGUAUAAAGAUGAAUACAGGGGCUACAGGAGGAGAAUUCGCAGCAGAAGCAGGGACAUAUAUUAUGGAAGGGAUAGAGAUUGUUAUAGAAGUAGGACCCGCAGUAGGAGUAGGAGCCCUGAUUAUCAUAGAACACACCGGAGGGGUUGAGAUGAUGAGAUUGCAAAAGUGUUUGCAAGCUUAUGGUUUUGAUGUCAUCGGACAGAUAAUGGUUGAUGUCAGUCACUUGUGUCAGAUUUUCCGUACCCCUGAAGAGAUGCUAUCCAUUGAGCAUGGAAUUUAUAUUGCAGAGUCUGUAGCUUCUAAUAACUUGAAACAAGCAAUAGGCCGCUUCAAGACUUAUGAGAACAAUGACAACAUGGAAAAUGGCAACUCCAAUUUUGGAAGGCGAGACACUGGUGGCAAAGAGGGUUCUGCUGUGGGGAAGAAAGAUGCAGGGAAACCAACAAAAAAGUCUGGCAAGCCUCAGGCCUCAACUUUAACAUCUAAUGACACAUUGCCUCACAUCCCCUCUAUACAAUUUGAAACCGAAUAG